AUGGAGGCGAUCCGAGUCAAUAGCAAGAGGGAAAUAGGUGACCUCUCGAGUCGCGGCGAGCGCGCUUUGGAGCCUAUUCCCGGGUUGUACUAUUUUUCGGCGUCUAUGGAAACCGCUAAGGAUAUGUACUCAUCGACGAGUAACCCUAACGGGUUUAUUACAUUGUCUAUAGCGGAGAACAUGCUCAUGUUCGAUUGGCUGCAGGAGAAGCUGGCGAAGCGAGAGCCGAUAGAGCCGGAGGUGGCGCGCUACAACAUGGUGUCGGGCAUGCCGCGGUUCAAGGCGGCUGUAGCGCACACCGUGCAGCGCCUGCUGCUGCCACGCUGCCCGGGGCUGGUAUCACCAGGCAACAUCUGUGCAGCGGCGGGAGUGAGUGCUAUAGUGGAGCACCUGGCGUACACCCUGUGUGAUGCAGGCGAGGGGGUUCUCAUCCCCGCUCCCUUCUACCCCGGCUUCAUUGGCGACUUCCAGCUCAGAAACCGUGUGGAGAUCGCCUCAGUCACCACAGCCGACCAGCGGCAGUUCCAGCCCACCCCCGAGGACUGCCAGUCCGCCCUGGAAGCAGCAGCAGCGAGGGGCGUGUGUGUGCGAGCCAUCGUGCUCACCAACCCCACCAACCCGCACGGGUCUGUGUGGCCCGAAGCAGCGGUGGCGGCGCUGGUGGCGUGGGCGCUGCAGGCGGGCCUGCAUGUGAUCUCGGACGACGUGUAUGCCGCAACGGUGUUUGGGGAUGAUGCACCGGAGUUUGUGAGCGGGUUGGAGCUGGCAGAGCGACUGGUGGCGGAGGGGAAGGCUUCUCGGGAGGAGGUGGAUGCGAGGGUGCAUCUGACAUACGGCAUGAGCAAGGACUUCACACUCAAUGGCUUCCGGGUUGGCAUUCUCGUUUCCCGUAACCAGAAGCUGCUUAGGGCGCUAGGCAUGCUGAACCUCUUCUCGAUGGUCUCUCAGGACACGCAGUGGGCGCUGAGUGCUCUCUUGGAGGAUGACGCGUGGGUGGACGCGUUUCUGGCGGAGAACAGGAAGCGACUGCACCGCUCACACCGACUCAUCUGCAGCACCCUAGAGGAGCUCUCGAUCCCCUUCGUGCCAUCAGGAGCAGCCAUGUUUGUGUUUGCGGACAUGCGUCGCUUCCUCUCUGCGCCCACCUUUGAGGCGGAGAAGCAGCUGUGGACCGACAUCAAGGACGGGGCCAAGCUUGUCAUGGUACCCGGAGAAUCAUGCCGUGCCUCUGAGCCAGGGUAUUUCCGCAUCUGCUUCUCAUCAUUCCCCUAUGAGCACCUUGAAGUCGCCUGUGCUAGGCUCUUCGCCUUCUUCAAUGCAAGAGCAGCCAAACCUCUGGACACGCCUGCUGUGUAG